CUCCCUCCCAUAAAGGGCAGGGUCUAGUUGUUUGGUAACUGAAUAAGAAAAAAAGUUACACAAGCGAGGUCUGGAUUUGUCAUCGUUUCAUAACUGAUCGGCUGUACUUACAAAAAAAGGAUUCAGGGCUUUGACUUUAAAACCAAAAAGGGAAGAGGGCAUCGAUGUCGGCUUUCCUUGCAUUUUGGAACAGCUUGGGGGAUGCAAAUAACCCGUUUUUAUUAUCUAACUAAAUCUAAUCAAUCAUGCUAGUUAGCUUAUAAGCCUUGUAAGUAAUAUUUAAAACUUUAUCUUUGUUGAUGAGGCGUAUUCAGUUAACGCUUUUUUUUUUAAAUACACAUGAGCUUUUUAUAUAUUACAGAUAAUAUUUUUUUAAGUUAUUUCUUUUUUUAAUAAAUCAGAAUUGUAUUUAUUUAUUUUAAAUAAAAAAAUAAAAAAACAUGGAAUUCAAUCCUGGCGUGUUGAUCGUGGGAGCGUCGUUCGGGUUUUUCAACAUCGUUAACAAAGUAUUUGACAGGUUACCCGUACCCGAAUCAGCGCUCAGAAACACUUGGAAAUGGAAAAACAUUUCGACUUCUUUGGUUCACAGUUUAAUAACAGGGAUAUGGGCUGUGCUAUGUUUCUAUGUGCACCCUGAGAUGGCGGAAGAUUUGAUUUACACACACUCCGGAUUCUCGCACACGCUGAUCUCGGUGUCUAUUGGAUACUUCAUUCAUGAUUUUGUUGACAUGAUUCGUAGCCAGAAGCUACACCAAUCCUGGGAGCUGCUCUUCCACCACACUGUGGUGAUCACCUGUUUCGGGAUGUCUGUGCUCCUCAGCCAGUACAUCGGCUUUGCUGUGGUGGCCCUGCUGGUCGAGAUCAACUCCAUCUUCCUCCACCUGCGGCAGAUCCUGCUGAUGGCCAGCCUGUCCACCAGCACCUUGUACCGGCUCAACAGCAUGCUGAACCUGGGCACCUACGUGGUGUUCCGCAUCAACACGCUGGCAUGGAUGACCCGCUGGCUGGUGCUGAACCGCGACAACGUGCCCCUGCUCAGCUACACCGUGGGCAGCCUGGGCAUGGCCGUCAUGACCGCCAUGAACAUCGUGCUCUUCUAUCGCCUGCUGCGGAGCGACUUCCUUAAGUCCAGCCGCGAGGGCAAGAAGGACAGCGAGGACAAGGAGAAGUAGAGUAGCCUGAGCAGACUGGCCGGUGUGAUCCGGGCCUCUCUCGGACAAGCAGCUGGGGGGGAGGGGUUGGGAGGACCCAGGCAAGGCUCCCCAUCCUCACCAAAAUCAGGGGAGCAGGGUGUGGCCGAGUGUAGCUUCAAUCAUCAUUUACAUUUUUUUUUAGAUUUAAUCCUUCUGAGUGGUUCUGGGUUGUGAGUCUGUGAGCUUGUUUGGAGAAUCCUAAUAGCCGGGGAUUGAAAACCUGCCCGGUUUCAUUUAAAUAGACUUUUCAAGCUGUCAGCCCCACCUGCUGUAUAUGAAGAAUAGGUGAUGCUUGCAGGGUUUGUAAGUCACACAAUCGCAUGAUUUGGAUGGAAUGAGUAAAGCUGAUCAGUCCUGGCAUUUAGGGUUCUCUAGACAAGCUCAACGCAAUCUUGAAGCCAGGGAAAGGCAGAUUUCAAGAAACUGUAAUAACAGAAUAUUGGAGCCCAGAACCACCGAGAAUAAUUGCAAACACCGCGACAUGGCAAGAGCAAUGUAAAAGCUUUUAAAAUUUACAUUUAAACCGAAUUAAAAUCCCCAUGAUGAGAGAUUAGUUUGACAGCAUGGUGCAACACCCGUGCGACUUUUAAUCUUUACAUUUCAAUUCAGUCAAGAAAGUUAAGUCAAGUCCAGCUUUUUUGAAGGGUUUGUGUUUGAGACGCACACACAGUUAUAGACUGUUUAAUACUCUCCCUGUAAAAAGGCUGUAGCUCACUUGCAUGGCUGGUUUCACAGGUCCUAACUAGCACUAAUCUUGGACUACCUUACUUAAAGUAACAUUAGGUAUCCUGUGUGCCUUGGUGCUAAUGAAGCUCCGUGAAACCUGUCAUAGACUUCAUAUUUGGUUCUAUACCAACAAGGCAUCCUUUCUCUGAAUCACUUUCCAAUGCAGCAUUUCAAAACAACUGACUUCCUAACCUCUGUACUCAAGCCAGAAUGAGAGCACUGACAUCUGCUGACCGUACAUGUGCAUUACAGCACUUCUUUUUCAUUAACCUACAGGAAGAAAAUAACUACUUUGAACUGGUGUGAUCCAGACCAGUGUACUCAUGAGCUGGGAAACAGAUCAACUGAUCAUAAAGAUGAGAACGUUUCCAUGAAAAAAAUAACGAAUCCUGAAAAUGCUCAAGUGCUUUUCCCUGUGCUUUUUUUGCUGUGAGAUCAGCAGCCACAUCUAAAUGCCAACUUGACUUUGUGGAAGGAAAACUUGAUCACUUCUCACACUCUAAUCAAAACUUGAUUUUGGCACCCUCCAGCGCUUGUGAGAAAACUAUACAAGUUACACAUUUUUUUAUUUUCUCUGUGCUUGUAAGCCACAACUGAACACUGAUAAGUAUAUACAUACUGUAGCAAGAAAAAACCUGCAAUGGCUCACACUGCUGUGCAAAGUGAUUAACUGUUAACCACCAAACCAACAUGUUUUACAACCUGUUAUGUAGCAUGGGUGUGUAUAACGCUGUAAAUCCAUCAAGGGGAUCUGAUGGGAGAAAAAAAACAGAGAGCAAAGCUUUUCCCAUCAGAUCCAGGAGAUGUAAGUUCAGUGUUAAACACAUGCUGGUAUUGGUUAUGUUUUACAAUAUAAUAUAGUGUACUGUAUUUCUGGCAGCUGUCUGGUGUACUUCGCUCCCUUUAAACCCGUUCCUGGUGAAGCUGUGAUGAAGCUCUACUGUAAACAGAAACGUGACCACUAGCUAGCUCUGUAUCCUGAUUAAAUCAAAUGCCAGGAUUUUGAUGUCCAUCAAAUUGCACUGCAUGUCCCAAGACUGUUUCUGCAUGAAAACGUAUGUGUGUGACAUCACGCUGGCACAGACUACCACAGGAGGAUUUCCAUCUCCAGAUUCUGAUAUGCAGACGUGCGCUUCCAUAGAUGUGUGAUUGUGUGCAAUGAGCAUGCAUGACAUCAUAGUGACCUCAGAGCCAAGAACGAGGCAUUCUAUUCAAGAACACAAGGGAAACAUAUAUAUAUAUAUAUAUAUAUAUAUAUAUAUAUAUAUAUUAACCAAAGAGCUUUGGAAUAAUGUGCUUUGUAAUUUUUUUUUUUUUAAAUGAAGAAAGUAAUUUGUUUUUGUAAUGUUCUUAUAUAUAUAGAUAGAUGUGUGUGUGUAUAUAUAUAUAUAUAUAAUUUGAUAUUGUUAGCCACCAUAAUUGCAUUGUACUGUAAUUAUUAUUAUUAUUUAUUUCUUAGCAGACGCCCUUAUCCAGGGCGACUUACAAUUGUUACAAGAUUUCACAUUAUUUUUACAUACAAUUACCCAUUUAUACAGUUGGGUUUUUACUGGAGCAAUUUAGGUAAAGUACCUUGCUCAAGGGUACAGCAGCAGCGUCCCCUACCAGGGAUUGAACCCACAACCCUUCGGUCAAGAGUCCAGAGCCCUAACCACUACGCCACACUAAUUACUGAAAAAGAGUAUCUAAAUCAUUAUAAUUCAAUUUGAGCACCUACCUCUCGCUUGAGGAAACUGAAAAAAGCACAAAAUGACAUUUUGAGGGCGUUCAGUGGUGAGCUGUUCAGCUUUGUGCUUCUGAAAAUGAUGAUGUUAAAAAGCACUUAUAGAUAGAGUAAUGGUAUAAAUGUGAACGCUGUAAUGAGGUGGGGUUUUUUUGGUAUUAAAGCAGCCUCUCAAGCUCUGAUGUCCACCCCCUUGUACAGUAAUGUAUACAUACAUAAAGUGUUGGUUUCCUACAAUCUUGUCUACAUUGUAAAUAGAAUACAGUGCUAAAAUGUCUUUUAUUUAAUGGAUUACCUUUUUUGUAAUUAAUGGGAAUGUAAUGAUUUGCAUGGCUGAAUGGCAAAAUAAAGGAAAUAACCUAAAUAACCUG